AUGACAGCACCAUUGAUAGAUGCUGUUACCACUGAUGAUAGCCAUGUUUCUUCUGUAGAAACCAGUCAGGAUUUGGCAGUAUCUGAUUCUACUUGUACGCCUCGAGUGCAGAUGCAUGAUCUCGAAGCUCUGAAUCUCACUCCAGAAGAAUUUGCCUGGCUGUCCACUGAUAUACCCACCAUUCAACCUAAUCAAGAUUCUCAUGCAGCAUCAUCUACAGAGCCUAUAGAAAUAUUUAAUGAGAAAAAACGGAAGCAUGCAGAAUCCAAUGGUUCUGAUGCACACUUGUAUGAUGAAAUAAAGUCAGACACACUCUUGAAACAAGUGUCCGGUACCAUUUCUAAUGACCACAACAGUCCACUCAAAACUCCCCAAAAAAACAAACUCCAUCAGUUUUUUUCCAAGCAAGACUCUCCUGCUAGUCAUGUUUCUAUAUCUACGCCGUCCACCAGUCAAUCGCAUUCGGACAUGCCUCAUGUCCAAACGAAUCCUCCAUCAUCAAGGCUCGAUAAAAUUCAAUUUCCAGCACUGAUUGGAGAAAUGACCGCCAUUGCCGUUUCCAUGUGUAAAGGAACCGGUAUUAUCAAAGCAGGUGAUCGCAUUACUUUGCUCAAUCCGCUUUCAUCAGCAACAAAGUCAAAAAACUUGUACAAAAAACACCCUCUGCAUUCUAAUGCUGCCAGAUCUGGAAAAGAAAAUACAAUUGUUAGGCUGUAUCGGUUGGAUGGCCUGGAGAUUGGAAAACUGUCUACCGAUUGUGCCUCUAUGGUUAAAACACUUUUGGAUCAUAAACUGUGCAAGUUUGAGGGAACUGUCUUGUUGGUCAAUGAUCGCAUUCAUAUUUUGGAUGAAAUUAUCUUGACACUCAAAGUCUAUUUUAUUCAAGAGGCAUUCACCGCUACAACUGCUCAUCAGAUGAAUACUGUAGAAAGCGAUACGGUUGAAGCUGUAGCUCGUGUCCGUUCGCGUAAACUGGCUUUAGCAUUCAUGUUUAAGCGCAUAGACAUUGCCGUGUGGAAUUCUACUCAAGACGAGUCAAACUCAAUUCAAUCGAGUGAAUCAGAUUCAUUUCCGGCAGCCGAAAGCACCGAAGUGAGUGGUAGUGAUUUGGCCAUGAUUUAUAAACGCGCCAAUCUUCUUGGAAAAGCUGUUGGACAGAUGCAACCUAGUUCUGGAAUGACUCUUGAUUUGCAUGAUUAUCAAACUACUGCAUUAGCAUUCAUGUAUGCCAAAGAAAACAGAGACGACAUGGAUUCUAUGGGUAUUUCUCCGUUGUGGACAGAGCUUUCAACAAAAACUGGAUUUCCAUUUUACUAUAAUCGGUUUUCAGGAGAACUAUCUCUUGAAACUCCUAAAGAAACGCAUUGCACUGGUGGAAUUUUAGCUGACGAGAUGGGACUGGGCAAGACAAUUGAGAUGCUUGCUCUUAUUCACUCAAGCAGACUGGAUUUGACCAAGAGCGAAAGGUUUUCAAUGGGACAACCGCUUUCCCACGCCACGCAAGUCAACUGUCUUGAAUUGUUCUUGGUGGUCUGUCCAGUAAAUCUCCUUGCACAAUGGAGAGACGAAAUAAAGCGAGCAUUUGAGCCCGGCGUUAUUAGAGUUGGUGUAUACUAUGGUAAUGAACGCGAGCGAGUUGAUACACGCAUGUUUGCAAAGAAAACCUCGCCAGACAUCAUUAUUACCACCUACGGAACUCUUAAAAGUGAUUAUUCGAAUUUUUUGAAAAACUCGCCCAUGUAUGCAAUCAAAUGGCAUCGUGUUGUUUUGGACGAAGCACAUUAUAUAAAAGAAAAAUCUACAGCGGCUUCUAAAAUGGUUUGUGCUCUUUCUGCCACAAACAGAUGGGCAAUAACUGGCACUCCAAUUGUCAACAAACUAGACGAUAUAUACUCUCUUAUCCAUUUUUUGCGUGUCGAGCCAUGGUGCCAAUUCUGCUUUUGGCAUUCGUUUGUCACCAUUCCGUUUGAAAAGCGUGACAGAUCUGCGUUGGAAAUCGUUCAAACAAUUCUUGAACCUUUAAUUAUUAGGCAAGUACGCAUGAAGGAUAUGCGCAAUCAAGAUGGCAAUUUAGUUAUUAGUUUACCACCUAAAACCAUUGAUAUUAAAUAUUUAAACUUUUCUCCGGAUGAACAAGAAAUCUACGACAGUCUUCUCAAACAUUCAAGACAUAAACUUAUGGAGCUUAAAAUCAUUGGCAAGGCAGAUUACAUGCAUGUCUUUCAGCUGCUAUCUCGCAUGAGACAAAUGUGCGAUCAUACAUUGCUUAUCAAAUCUAAAAGCCUGUGUACCGAAGCAGACACUGCUUCCAUGAGUAUUCCGCUUGAAGAAAUGAUCAAAAAGUAUACUCGAGGAAACAACUCUGCCGAGUUUUUUUCAAAACUAGCGGAUGAUAUUGCUGAUUCAUCGAGUCAAGAAUGUCCUGUAGGUCCAAGCAGUGUUGUUUUACCUUGUUUGCAUGUCAUAUGUCUGCCUUGUGUUGAAGACAUGAUCGAGAAGCGAUCAGCAAAAGGCGAAGAGGGAGUUGUAUGUCCAAUGUGUCGACAAUCAUGUGCAGAAUCAGAACUCAUGAAAAUCUUGGAAACACAACAAAAUGCAAAUGCAACAUCGCCUAGGCUAUUUGCGUCCAAAGAUGCACCAUUACACGCUGGUAGUACAAUACGACUUCAGUCCAUCAAAUCCAUACCUUCAAAAAAGCUGAAUACGCUGACAAAUGAUCUGCUUACUCUCCAGAAAAGCGAUCCAAAGAUCAAAUCUGUGGUAUUUAGCCAAUGGACACGUAUGCUAGAUUUGGUUGAAAUUUCAAUGAGGGAGCAUGGCAUCAAUUUUGUGCGUAUGGAUGGUUCAUUAUCGCAAAAAAAUCGUGAGAAAGUUUUGCAUACAUUCAAAACAGAUGAUACUGUGACAGUUUUGUUGGCGACAUUGAGAUCCACUGGUGUAGGCCUUAACUUGACGGUCGCAUCCUGUGUUUUUAUGUUGGAUCCAUGGUGGAACGAGAGUGUCGAAUUCCAGGCGAUUGACAGAGUGCAUCGUAUUGGACAAAACAAGCCAGUGACUGUCACCAGAUACAUUAUGCGUAACUCUGUCGAAGAAAAGAUGCUGGAAAUACAACAUCGAAAGGCACAGUUGGCAGGUGUCAUCACUCAACCCGAAAUGCAAAAAGUGCAGCUGGACGAUUUAAUGUCGCUUUUUGACUAA